AUGGUAGCUAUGAUGAUGACCACAGUGCUAAGAAAGGGUUUACCAGUUCAAAUUCGAAACCUCCAUCUCUUUGCUUCUCUUAUUCCUGAAGUCUGUGUGGAUGCUCAGGCUCCAACACGGGCCUGGAGCAGUCGAAGUUACUUAGGCUGGGCAGCUUGGCCCAGCGCGCUCGAUCCUGCGCGCUUUCCGGAUCGCUGCGCGCUGGACAGCACCUUCCCAGGGUGUGCGCCGCUGAGCCCUGCGCCGCGCUGUCGGGCGCUGCUGCUUGAGUCUAGAGUCUGCGCUUUUACGUUUAGCCUAAAGAGUGUGACUGUGAAUGUAGUUGGACUCUGGAUUAUUUUCAGGAAGAUCUUCACCUUGCAACUGGUAGGACUGGUGCUAACCUACAAUUUCCAUGACUGUGACUUUGAGAGGAUUAGAAAGGAUUACGAGAACAUCAUUUUUAAAGAUCUGAAGUUAUAUGUGAAUGGGACCACAUGUAUCGGCUGCAACAUCGAGAGCUGUGACAGUCCGGUGAGUAGCCGGGCAGCGCUGCUGCCUUUCCCCAGACACACCAGGCAUUCCCGGGAAGGGCUGCCCUGCGGUGGCAGCGCAGUCUGCGCUCUCGCCACGACCCUCCUCCCUCCGCUGCGUGGAGUCUUUAUCCGCCUCCUCACCCGAGACCUCCUUUCUCUUAUUCGAAUCCCAUUUUUUGUGUCCCGCGCUUGCCACUGCCCGCUGACCGUUUCGCUCAUUUCUGAUCAACAUUUUUUUGUUUUAUACCCCACCCUGGCAUUCUGUCCUUGCCUCGUAAACUUUGCCGCUCGUGAGCAGCCAGCUUGCCUCUCGAGAAUCGCGCACUUUACCUUCUCCGACCCGCGCUGCAAGUCUCUCGCCAAGAAAACGUUCUCGGUGAAAACUAACGCGACGCUCACUCAAGAGUGCCCGGGCUACUCGGGAAUGCAGGCAAAUAAUACCCAGGCAAUGAUGAGAAGAAAGAAAAGAGAAGACACAAAAAAUGCAUGCCUGGAAAUAGCCUCAAACUUAAUAGGAUUGUGGGGUCGUUUUGCUCGCUCUUAACAGAUACAAAAUAAACCCUUCACUGAAGUCCUACUUCACAGCAGCAAAAUUAUCAUUACUAGGUACAUGGAAUGUUACUUCUGUGAAAUUUUUAAUUACAGAAGGGUAUCUUAACUUAUUUUUGUAAGCUUUUAUUGUUUAAUAAUGGUUUAUAAUGUGGGGGAAGUACUAUCCCUCAAAUGUUCGGGGACAAUUCUGUGGAAUUGAUGUCUAGGUGACUGGCUUUGUGACAGUAAAUCUCAGCUGCAACUAUGUUGAUCUUAUUAAAGGAAAGAAUUUAAAAAUGUAGUAGGAGAACUUUUUCCCUUAGAAAAGGAAAAAUGUUGAACUCAAUAGGAUAUAAACCUCUGUUUAAAAGACAGGCAUUUCUUUCCUAUGUAUUGAUACUUCUUAUGAUCUCAAACUAAAAAUUUACAAGAGAAGCAAAUAAAAGCAAAAGGAUACACACAAAAAGUUGUACAUAUAAGGAGCAAUUUGGAAGAAUUUCAGAUUAAUAUUGUAAAGUAUUUUUAAGUCAAGUUUUUAAAAUUAUAUAACAGACAAGAGUGGUAUAUGCAAGUAGAUCUUGAAGAAGUGCCUUUGUUAAAGCUAAAAUAAUAUAUUUUUUAAAACUUAUAGACUAUAUUUUUAAUUUAUUUUGUAAGCACUUUUUAAAAUAUACAUGUUGCUUUGUUUUUG